CACCGUCAUCGUCAUCGUCAUCGUCCUGUUCGUUUCUCUUGUUCAUGGAGCCCAAUCCCGAGAGGUUCCCCAUCCUCUCCUUCGUCAUGGCCCGACUCCACCUCAACAAACCCUCCAUCGGCGACCUCCCCGAAGCUCCCUCCCAUGACAUUGAGCAGCCUCCACCCGCCGCCGAGGAGCUCGAGCUCGUACAACGGAUGCCGCAUCUCAAUCACCCCGAUCUCAUCUCAGCUAUGUCCUCCGCCAUCUCCGAUGUUAUGCAUACACGAUCGAUCCUCCAAACCCUAGGUGAACGCCCCGACCAUGAAGCCGUGGAUGCUUCCCGUGUCCGCAUCGCUGAGAUUGAGGCUGCCCUCUCUGCACAGCUUGAGGAGAUCGUGCGCUCUCCGAGGCCGGAAGACGUUGACCGAUUGAAGUGGCGUGCGGAGGAAGCGGAGAAGGAAAAGGAGUGUCGCGCGAUGGCCGAGCGGGAGAGGAUCGCAUACAAGGCUGUUAUCCAGCUCGAUGAGAUGCACGAUGCCUAUGAGAAGCUGCUGAAGGACGCCGAGGAUCGGCUGGUGAAGAUGUAUGGAUCCGCAGCGGACACUGAGAAAGGCUCUGUGAAAGAGGACCAGCAGGUGAAUGAAGAGGUCAUCGGGAUUUUGCACGAAGGGUCGGUGAAAUGCUUGGAGAGGGUCGACCUGUCGAGCCGGCAGUUAAGGUUCCUCCCGGAGGCAUUUGGCCGGCUGCGUGGUUUGGUUUCACUGGAUGUCUCCAAGAAUCAGCUUGAGGUCAUCCCAGAUGCAAUAGCAGGCCUUGAACAAUUAGAGGAACUUCGUCUUUCUAACAACCUUUUGGUCUCAUUGCCUGAUACUAUUGGUCUACUCAGCAAUCUUAAGAUUCUAGAUGUAUCUGGUAACCAGCUGAAGGCACUGCCCGAUAGCAUCUCAAAAUGCAGAUCCCUGGUAGAACUGGAUGCAAGCUACAAUGAAAUGACAUAUUUGCCGACAAACAUCGGAUAUGAAUUAGUAAAGCUACAAAAGCUCUGGGUCCACCUCAACAAGCUCCGCUCACUUCCAUCAUCUAUUUGUGAGAUGCAAUCUUUGCAAGUUCUGGACGCCCACUUCAAUGAACUCCGAGGCCUACCCUAUGCUAUUGGCAGGUUGUGGAAUCUUGAAAUUCUAAAUGUUGCCAGUAACUUCGCUGACUUGCAAGAACUCCCUGCUUCAAUCGGUGAUCUGCUCAACCUCAAAGAGCUGGACGUAAGCAACAAUCAAAUCCAUGUGUUACCCGACACAUUCGGUAGACUUGAUAAACUGGAGAAACUGAACAUAGAUCAGAAUCCUCUAGUGAUCCCUCCUAUGGAUGUGGUGAACAUGGGGGUUGAAUCAGUAAAGGACUAUAUGUCGAAACGAUGGCUGGAAAUUUUGUUGGAGGAAGAAAGGAAGAGCAUGCUCGAGGAGAACCCGCCACAGGACGGCUGGCUGACACGAAGCGCCUCAUGGUUGAACAACUGGGUUUCUGGUGUUUCUAGCAGUGUUUCUGGGUAUUUGGGAGCUGGAGAAAAAUCCUACCGAGAUCCUCGCCUCGAUGAGUCGCUGUGAUCGAAUUGUGACUAUUUUUGCUCUUCAUAUCAGAUAACAGUACAUGUACAGGCAGAGUAUUCUGUCGAAGAAGUGUUAUUUGUUCCUAUGCUUCUUUUGACUAUGCCAAAUUGAACUUGUGCAUAUCUUAGCCAUUUUGCUUGCGAAUUGGUUGAACCAUUUCUACUUUGUUAAUAACAACUGUCAUAUUAUGUGAAGUCAAUUUGAUGGUUUUCUUGCA